CGCCGCCGUUUACGCGAUGUUAUUGCAAAACGCAAACGAUCAUCAGACUUUCGUGAUCUACUAACGGAGUACAACGUAGUGAAAAUGAAUGAAUAAGAAUACCCAAAGCAAUGGACUGAAUUACAUGAACACUGUUAUUUUCAGUUUAUUAUUGUUUUCUCAUUUUAGGUUAAGGAGAUUUAACAAUUUGAGCUUUAAAAAAUGCCAAUCUGGAUCUACUGCAGGAAAUUACAAAGCCAAAAUAGUUGGAUAAUCAAGUACAUUAAAGUUGAGCCAGUAUUAAUCCUCUCCAUUAUAGUACAGAUUAUACUGUAACUCUGCAUUGCAGACAUUUGAGUGACUUGGCGGCCGGGUCUUAAGGAGUGGAACAAAUUUUGACAGGAGUUGCACCCAGGACCCUGGGGUUGGAAGGAAUGCACCUCAACCACAAGGCUACAGUUCCAUGUCACUCCAUGCAGUGGUUUGCGUAAUUUGAUCCUGAUUGAAUCUUCCAAAUUUAUUACCAUGGCUCCUAGGAUACAUUGGACCCAAGGUACAGCUGUGUCCAAAGUAACAACUUUUGUAAAAAAUGCUCCGAUUGUCCACUGUGGUUUCACCGGUGCGCGCAGGACACCACUCCUGGGCAAGAUCCUGCUUUCCUUUAUACCUUUUGGUGCAUACUUGGUAACAUUUACAUUCUACCAUGAGCUACAGAAACUUAUUGGCUUAGACGAGAAACCUGUUAGCACUACAUUCCUACCAUGGUUAGAACACUCAUUAUUUCAUUGCUAUCCUCACAAAAUCCUCUCAAGCCAUACCACACCUGUCCUAGACUUUGUAGCAGCCAUUCCAUACCUGUUCCAUUUUAUAUUGCCAUUGGUGUUUUCUCUCUAUUUGAUAUAUGUCGGAAGACGACAUGAUGUACCACUUUAUCUUUGGAUCGCUGGCUGGGUCAACUUUAUCGCUGUGCUUGUUCAACUUAUUAGUCCGACAGCAUCGCCAUGGUUUGUGGAUUCUGUACAGUAUGACGAGCAUGGGAAUAUUGUAUCGGUCGCGGAAAACGAAGCAGGAUUUAAGCGUGUUGAUGCUAUGCUGGGAUAUCCACUGUUUCAUAACUUGUAUGGCAAGUCAAAAGUAAAGUUUGGUGCAUUUCCUAGUCUACACGUGGCAUGGCCAGCAGUGGUCAUGUUAUUCAGGCCUUGGUUUGGCUACCGAUUUGGUGCUUUCCAUGUAUGCUGGAUAAUAUGGGCAAGUAUGUACACUUGUCAUCAUUAUCUUGUUGACGGUUUAGCUGGUGUAACACUUGCCUUUGUUGUGUACACAGCAACAAUGAAAUUGUACCACCCAUUCACUUGUGAACGCGAACGUGACGUUAUUGCACAAGAAUACAUACCAGUGACAAAUAAAAUCCCGUACUCUGAUACAUGUGAAGUUACUAUACCUGAAAAAUCCUAGUACUUGUAGCAAAAUAGCUCCCGGUGAAUGUUAGAGUUAGAACAUAUGAUCGUGUCUGCCAAAGUGGGACAUAAGUUGAGGACAUCAAUGUUGAUUUUUUUUAAUUUUCAGAUAUGUAUUUAUGUAAUAUUAAUUUUGUUUUUGGAAUUUCAAAACAAUUUUUAUAUAUUAUUUUUAAAAUAAUUUUCAAUUAUCUUCAAUUAGAAGCUGCAAUUAUUAACAAGUUUAAUAUUUUUGAAAAUGUUUAAUUCAUUUUUUUAUACGCUAUUAAAAAAAGAAAUAUUUUGAUUUUGUAUACAGUUACUGAAGUACUUGUAACCAAAGGUUCAAUUGUGAUGUAACAUUCAGACACCAUUGGUAAUUAUAGUACGUAAAACAAGAAAUUCAUAGUAUAUAGUAAUCUUAAAUUACACUAAAGAAAUACAGUAAGUUUAUUUAGCAUUAAUAUUAUUAUAAUAUUAAUAAUAUGAAGGAUAAUAUUAUAACAUUAAUUUCUUAAGCAUCAUGAUCAUUAUCAUCAUUGACAUCAUUAUCAUCAUCACCAUUAAUUUCUAAAUAUAAUUGCUCUAUAUUACAUACAGUACGUAUAUCAAACUGUGUGUGUUUUUAAUAAUCUGGCCUAACAUAAUAUUGCUUUUCAUAGUUACCAUAGUUACCUCAUUCCAUGAGACUGGUGUUUGUAUCCAAGAAAUUCUCAUACAAUGGUGUAUUAGUUUAAUUAUUCUUCUAUCCACCUAAAAUUCAAUGUACAACAGUUGUGCCUGCACUAAUAUUAUUCAUAAAAUUAACCUUGCUUUUUUAAAAUUAGCCUGCAAACUACAGUAUUUACGGGUUUCUGCCAAUUUGGAAUAGAAAUUCACAAGUUCUUAAAAAAAAGUUUUUUAAUGUAAAAAAUUUGUUUAUAAUACACAUUUCAUUCCAAAUGCUUUUUUGUAUACUGAAAUACAUAAUCUUUGAUUUGACACUACAACUUAAGAAAUACAAAUGUUUUUACAACUUUUGGUACUAAGAAAGAUUUCUUGGAUUAGACCACAAUGUGAAUUUGACUUGUAGUGCAAAUUCCUGCACCAUCAAGUGUACUACUGUAUGAUACUGUUUUUUCCUGCAUAUAAUUGUUCAUCGACACAUAGCACUAUAUCAAGAACAAAUUUACUAGCUAAACAGAACAUACUUGACGUCUCAUCUGAGACUUCAAAGCUUUAUCCACACCAUCAAGCCUUAUGUGACAAAUUUGGUAAAUUGCCCAUAUAUGGGCAUGUUGAUGGCAUAUGAUACCCAUAUAUGGGCAUGAUAGUUUCACAUUAUACCCAUAUACAGUAUGUACAAGUCUCACAAAUUGGUCACAUAAAAUUUGAUAGUAUGCAGUGUUCUCCCAAUUGAAACAUUUUUACUGGUAAAUUUAUCAAUAAAAAUUCAGCUACUGUAUGCACACAGUGAAGGCGUUAUCCCUUUUGAGUGGGGUUUAAUGACUUGAUUAAACAACAACACAUAGUCAUAGCCUAGGUAUAGAUGGGAUUGAUGUUGAUUUAUUGAAAGAAGGCCAGUCUAGACUACCUAGGCCUAAUCAGUGGUUUUAUUUUUUUACAAUCUAAAAGUUUUUACUGGUUGGCUAGUUAUUUUACCGGAAAAAUUGACUUCUAAAAUGGCUUUGGGAGAACACUGUAGCAAUGUAGUAUGGAUAAAGUACAGCUUUGUCUGACCUCCAAAAGCCUAGAAUGACACAAUACAAUGUAUUUGAUAUGUCUGACUGAGUCAUAUACUGUACAUUAUCAAUUAAAUUUCCAUUCAUACCUUGUUGAGUCUGAUAUAAUGAUCAUGUCACAGGGAUUCCUCCCAUCCCCUUUCCCUGAAUCAAUAUUCCUUGUGAAGUCGUCUCCUGUGUACUGACUUUGCUGAGGAUCUCACCCACCUGUGUUUGGCCUGGAGAGUGCCAAAUUCACUAUGAAAGUUGCAUAAAAGGGGAUGGUGGUAGAUUCAUGGGGGAAAUGUCCAAAUCACUGUGACUCAGGCUUUAGCAAGACUUAAAUCCUACUGUACAUACAUUUAAGCCACAGACAAAUUCACUAUAUAAUAAGUUGAUGAGAAGUUUGAUAGUAUUUUUUAACUGCAUGAUAUUACAAGGUGUCUGUAAUUAAAAGUUAAUUAAGAGAUGAAGUGAUUUAAUAUUAUAUUGUAGAUAAUUGUUAUAUAUAUACUUACACAUAUCAAUGCAUGUAGUAGAACCACAAUAAGUAUUUGGGACAUAGGGUUAGUUUAGCUAUAUUAUAAUUAUUAUAAAUAAUUAGUGUAUUAUAAAUAAUUACAUUGAUAUCCUGUAUAAACUUCUUGAUCACCAUAAAUUUUAUGAUCUCUGAUAUAUUUAAUAAUAAUGCCUAGAUUAUUCCUUAAUAAAUUAGGUAAUGAACUUUUGAUGAUUUACUAUAGAUGCACAGGAAUGAUGUUUCUGGCCAGUAGUAGUUUUUCCUUUAAUAACCAUCACAGAAAAGUAGAGUGAUUUUUAAAAAGCACCUUCACAGUCCAAGAAAAAAAAAGUGUCUGUGCACUUCCGUAUCAGUGCAAUGUUAAUACCCCCGGUAGUUAGAUCCAUAGAUAGGCAAACCAGCACAAAAUGUGCGAAUUUUUUCCACAUCCUUAAAGACAUGAAAGCGUGCAAAUUGCUCCCGUUUUUUGUGGCUAAUAACAAAUUCGAAAAUUGUAACAAUAAUUUUAACAAAAAUAUAGGUGCCGUAUAAAUAAGAUGAUCAGAAAUGCAGAAAAAAUAUGUUAAGUAUGAUGUAAAAAUGAGAGGAGCUUUACUUGGUGGUUUGCAUUCUUCCAAUCCAAGAGCCCUAACUUCAAAUUUUAUAAAAAUGCAAUGAUCUUUUAAAACAACUCCACUUAUUAGACUUAGAAUACUGUAGUACAUAAAACAGUGUUCUUGUUUCUCACCUAUAACUAGCAAGUUGAUUGUGAAUGGGCGAAAAUGAUAUAAAAUUAAAUCUGCAAAAAACAUUAAAUUGAUCCUUUAUUCAAAGAGGACAAAGAUGACGAGAAUCAUUAAUUAAUGGUGAAUAUGACGGAAUGAAUUAUAAGGAAAUGUAUAUUGUGAUAAUACUCAAGUUAUGUCUUAACUUAAGAUUUUCCAUUCCAUUUAUGUGUGUGUGUGUUUGAAAUUAGUUGUUAUGGGUAAGGUGUAGAAGCAAUCCUUAUUGAAUCUACUGUAUUGCAACAAAAAUGCAAAUUGACAAGAGUUUAAUGUGGGCAUUGCAAUAAAGUAUAAGAGUGGUUGUUGAAAUGCAAGUUUUUCCACAAAGUAAGUUAAAAUAUCUUGGAAAUACAGUUAAAUAACCAAUGUGGGGUUAGAUUACUUGAAAAUCAUACUCCACUUGUACCAGAAUAAUACAACAAAUAUGUAAGAAAAUGAUUGGAUUUAAACAUUUAUCUAAAGUUAAAAAAUAAAGUUCUCCUAAUUAAAGACCACUCCAAUUAAAGACCACCUGUAAUAAGAGACCACUUUUCUAUGGUCCCAAAUUAACAAAUGUCUUAUUUUCAUUAUUGUAGAGACCAAAGCUGCUGAAGACUAUAGAAACCCUGGUCCCAAAAAUGGUCUUUAAUUGGAGGGCAACCUGUAACUGUUUACAUAAUUUACUGGAGCAGUGCUGUGUUAUCGGAUAAUGAGUGCAGUAGCACCAUUACAUAAUUGAAUAUGGUUUAGGCAUUAUUUAUGUGUGCAACAUUGAAGCAUUCAUUGGGCUAUUUGUGUUAAAAACAUCCAACAUAACAGACGAUUAUUAAUUUCCAAUUGCAAAUAUAAAACUUUUCAGUGAUGUCAUUCACAUGCUGAUGUAUGUGGUACAUGCGAGUACUUUGUCAGGUAACACUAACAGUACCUAACUUCUACUACACUUGUAUUCGUGAGACCAUGUGAACGUACUUGGGAAAACUGCUUGGACUCAAACCGAUAUUUUGAUUAAUCGAAAUGCUCUGAUUUAUAUUCUUUAGUAGGAAAAUAGUCCAGCAUUUUCCCCAGCAUUGUCUGCUCUACACUUUACAAGUGUGACUUAGCUGAAUUCUCUUGUGUGGGGCACGUUUAAGUUAACAUAUUAAUCCUAUGUAAUUUAAGAAGAAAAAUAGAGCAUACACUUAUUUCGUUUACUUACAUAUAUUGGUAACUUUAUGUACAUGCUUAUAAAGAAAUACUGUACAACAAGUAACCAAUAUGUAACUUUGCAAAGGGGUGCUUUAAAUAGAUAAAGUAUGUUCAUGUAUUAGAUUGAUAUUAGUUGUGAGAUGGGGGAGUAUUACUCUAUGGUUUAUCUCAAGUAGGUCCUCAGGAAGCUAGGUUGAUGUAGACCUGAGUGUCAUAUUUUUCCAGUAUUGCCUGUUAAUGAUGCUUUGUGCUUUAUAAACAAGCUGAUAACAGAAAUGAAUUACAAUAAAAUGUGUAUACAGUA